GCAUGACAUUAGGACCCUUGCAGUGCCACGGCUGCGUGGUUCUCCUCAGCAGAUGCCACUGUACCCGUCUUCACUGCCAUGGCCGAAUCAGCUUUCGAUGCAGCAGCUCAGCCGCAGAAGCGUUGUCCCUGCAAGCUGCUCCUCGCCUGGAUCAGCUCCCGGUGUCCGACUAGGGCACCUUAUCUUCACUGCAACUACAGCUCUUCCUGCCUUAAGUAGCAACAUGUAAUUGGUCUGGAAGAUGCUGUACAUGCACAUUAAGAAACAGCAGCGUUCGAACCGCUCUCCAACAACGCAACGAGUUUUUGCUUUUGUGGUCGAUGGAGCGAUCACAGAUCGGGCUAACGGUGUACGACGUGGGGUCGUGUGUUGUGAGGAGGAGGAAAGAAGGGGUCUAGAGCUUUGUAGAUGGGAACUCCGAGUUGGCUCGGUCCGCCCCUCGAAUGCUGCCCGCCAGCAUAUUAGUCGAGCUCAUUAGCUCACGGUUGUUGGUUGGCCCUUGCUCAUCGCUUGGCGGCGCGCGCGUCGUCCUCCGUUGAAGUACAUGUAUGCCGGUCACUGUACCCGUAGAGCAUUCGUGUCAUGCGAGACGAGUCCGGGGUCGUGCGCCGGAAGAUCACGGUCAUGGCAGCCGACAGCAGCACAAGCUGGCCCAGCUUCACGGCUUUGGGUGACACGCCCAGCGCGGCUACAAUUCGAGCAGCUACGGCGCCCGUACUGUAGACGCCUACGGCCUUCAUGACGCUGCCCCGCCGGUGUUCAUGCUCGGCGACAAACGCCAGCGUGGUGAGCGCGCCGGCCAUCCUGACGGUCGCACGAUGUCGAUCACUCGGCGACAAACACGAGAAGCCGAGCGGAACUUGAUACAACAUUGUGAGGCAACAACACGUGCGAAGGUAGCGCACGAGCAACGGAAUCAACUCCGGUCGUGGGCCCCAAAUCCACCGCUUGUACUUGGGGGCGAGCACCGACACAGCGUAAAUGGGCACGUACAGUCGAAUGGCGAACUUCAUGCCCUUAAUGAAGUAGUCCCGGUGGAACUGCGCACAUGUUCGACCGCGAUGGAACACAUCGCAGCGUGAUACCAGUUUCCCGGACGGUAUUUCGUCUCGCAUGCGGCGCAGUACACUCGAUGGCAAUUGGCAGAAGCUGUCGAGCGCAGCCAACUGCGACUUGGCGAUGGCGUCGCUCUGGUAUAUCCAUGAAUCAAUCAGUGGUCCUGCCGCCAAUGCCCCCGUCGGUAUAUCUACUCGCAAAAGAAACAACCGAGCCACAAUGGUCAGUCUACUAAGCUCAGCAUUGCAGAGGUGUUUUAGUAGCACGUGAUUACCGAUGUACUUUACGUCUGCAAGUGUGGUCAGCUCUUUUAUCAAGACCAAAGCCGCCUCUACGACAGCGUACGAAACCACGACAGUCUUCCGAUCGGCUUCUAGCAGAGUAAGCGCCACUGCCGCAGCAACUGCCGCUGCUUGAGACGCACUGACGGAGCGUUGCCUGUUUCGAGCCGAUAGCUUUCGCCCCGUUCCUUCCAGCAGCCGGAAGACACCCACGAAGCUCCCAAGUGACAGCGCUAACGAACUAGGGGGCUUGACCCUCCGAGACAGAAGACUCUGCGCCGCUGUUAUACCACCUCCGGUCACGAUGGCACCUAGUGCAGCAUGCUGAAGGACAUCCAUUCCGUUGCGGAGACCGUCGUAAUUUACGAUUCGUAUAGGGAGGUAUUCUAUAAAUUGAUACAGUUUUGGCUAGUAGAGAAUGAUUGACAUUCGUUUUCAGGUUCCUCGCCGAUCAUCUUCAACAUGUAUUACGCGUGCCAUCCCCACACAAUGAACC